CCGACCGCACGCGCUGAACGUCCACUCGUACCGUGCGCCGGCCUUCUGCGACCACUGUGGGGAGAUGCUGUUCGGCCUGGUGAGACAGGGGCUGAAGUGUGACGGCUGCGGGCUGAACUACCACAAGCGCUGCGCCUUCAGCAUCCCCAACAACUGCAGCGGGGCCCGUAAGCGCCGUCUGUCCACCACCUCGCUGACCAGCAGCCAGUCGCUGCGGCUCAGCGCCAGCGAGUCCCUGAGCAGCGUGGCAACGGCCUCCACCACCUCCACCGCGUCCGAGGAGGCCAGCCUGGUCCGCUCACACACCCAGAUGCCUCGCACGCCCAGCGAGGCCCGCCGCUUCUACACGGGCCGGCCGGUCCACCUGGACAAGAUGCUGAUGAGCAAGGUGAAGGUCCCCCACACCUUCACCGUGCACUCGUACACCCGGCCCACCGUGUGCCAGUACUGCAAGAGGCUGCUGAGGGGGCUCUUCAGACAGGGACUGCAGUGCAAGGAUUGUAAGUUCAACUGCCACAAGCGCUGUGCGUACAAAGUGCCCAACGACUGCCUGGGGGAGACGGCUGGAGAGAACCGAGGGAACAGUGACACGCUGAGCCCCAGCGUGGACGCGGAGGUCCCCAUGGACUACAGCAGCAGCUAUGACUGCUCAGACAAGCUGUCCAUGGACGACUCAGACGAGGUCUGUAGCAUCCCGGGCUCCUUCUCCCCCGAGAGCAACCCGGACGGGGUCAGCGGGGACCAGAGCGUCUACAUCCCCCUGAUGCGGGUGGUGCAGUCGGUGAGACAGACCACCAGACGCUCCUCCACCUCCAUCAAGGAGGGCUGGAUGGUGCACUACAGCAACAAGGACACCCUGAGAAAAAGGCACUUCUGGCGUCUGGACUGUAAGUGCAUCAUCCUGUUCCAGAACAACACCUCCAACAAAUACUACAAGGAGAUCCCCCUCUCGGAGGUCCUGGAGGUCUGCCCGGCGGGGGACUUCUCCCUGGUCCCGGCCGGCACCCCCCCCCACUGCUUCGAGCUCAUCACCGGCACCAUGCGCUACUACGUGGGGGAGGACCCCAACACGCGGGCCCCCCCGCCCCCCGGCCCCGCCCAGGGGCCCCCCCAUGCCCCCCCCUCCCCCAGCAACGUGGCGCCCAACAGCGGCGUGGGGCGGGAGGUGGCCCGCGCCUGGGAGGGCGUGAUUCGCCAGGCCCUCAUGCCCGUCAUCUUCCAGGACGCGCCCCCACCCAAAAACACACCGCACAGGCAGGCGUCCGUGAGCAUCUCCGUGUCCAACAGUGUGAUCCAGGAGAACGUGGACAUCGGCAUGGUGUACCAGAUCUUCGCCGACGAGGUGCUGGGCUCCGGCCAGUUUGGAGUGGUGUACGGAGGUAAACACCGUAAAACAGGGCGGGACGUGGCGGUGAAGGUGAUUGACAAGCUGCGCUUUCCCACCAAGCAGGAGAGCCAGCUGAGGAACGAGGUGGCUAUCCUCCAGAGCCUGCGCCACCUGGGCAUCGUGAACCUGGAGAGCAUGUUCGAGACCCCCGAGAAGGUGUUCGUGGUGAUGGAGAAGCUCCACGGAGACAUGCUGGAGAUGAUCCUGUCCAGCGAGAAGGGCCGCCUGCCAGAGAGGCUCACCAAGUUCCUCAUCACACAGAUACUCGCUGCGCUGAGACAUCUUCACUUUAAGAACAUUGUUCACUGCGACCUCAAGCCCGAGAACGUGUUGCUGGCUUCUGCUGAACCAUUUCCCCAGGUGAAGCUCUGUGACUUCGGCUUCGCCCGCAUCAUCGGGGAGAAGUCGUUCCGGCGCUCGGUGGUGGGGACCCCCGCCUACCUGGCCCCCGAGGUGCUGCUGAACCAGGGCUACAACCGCUCGCUGGACAUGUGGUCGGUGGGCGUCAUCAUGUACGUCAGCCUCAGCGGCACCUUCCCCUUCAACGAGGACGAGGACAUCAACGACCAGAUCCACAACGCCGCCUUCAUGUACCCGCCCAACCCCUGGAAGACCAUCUCCAGCGACGCGAUCGAUCUGAUCAACAACCUGCUGCAGGUGAAGAUGAGGAAACGCUACAGUGUGGACAAGAGCCUGAGCCACUCCUACCUGCAGGACUACCACACCUGGCUGGACCUGCGGGAGCUGGAGACCAAGCUGUGCGAGCGCUACAUCACCCACGAGAGCGACGACACCCGCUGGCAGCUGUUCGCCCGCGAGAACACCCUGCCCUACCCCGCCCACCUGGUGGCCGCGGCCCCCGCCGGGAUGGGCUCCGACGGCGAGGACGCAGAGGACGGCGACAUGCAGGGUCUGACCGAGAGGGUCAGCAUCCUCUGAGCGGGGGCACAGGUGCAGCUCCGGGGGCGUCGAGACCCGGACCCGUUGGUGGAGCUCUGGCCGGAGGAUGGGGUGAUGGGGGGGGGGGGGGGCAGAGGGAUUAAAGGACAGGGGACAGACGGCCCUGAGGCGGAGUGUUCCCAGGCCCCCGCCAGAGGGAGCCUCCCGCCUCCCGCCUCUCGCUGAACGCUGUCGUGGUUCCUCUGAUCACUUACGCUCCGCUCUGAGCGGGCCAGACCGACUGGAGUGGUGACGUCAGCCCCCAGCCCCGGCCCCGGCCCCGGCCCCGGCCCCGGCCCCCGGCCCCGGCCCCGGCCCCGGCCCCGGCCCCGGCCCCCGGCCCCCGGCCCCGGCCCUGGCCCCCAGCCCUGGCCCCCAGCCCCGGCCCCCACUGGUCCUUUAGGGGUCGCCCCUGAUCUGGGGCUCCUGAACCCAGGCAGGGCCGUUAGCCGUGGUCUGAGACUGGUCCACUUCCUCCAGGUCCUCCAGGUCCUCAAGGUCCUCCAGGUCCUCCAGGUCUAAGUCCUCCAGGUCUACGUUCCCCAGGUCUAAGUCCUCCAGGUCCUCCAGGUCCUCCGGGUCUAAGUCCUCCGGGUCUAAGUCCUCCAGGUCUACGUUCUCCAGGUCCUCCAGGUCCUCCAGGUCUAGGUCCUGAGAGCUUUCUCCAGGAGGGACGGUCCACCUCCAGGGAGCGGAAGGAAGAGAGAAUGAAUCCCACAUUUAAAAAACUGAAAAUGACCACAAACUAAGUGUCAUCAUGAGUCUGGCUUAAUGUUGUGUCUUCUUAACGCCCCCCCCUUGGGGAGCAGAAUGUUGAUGGUUAUCAAUCACUUCCUGUAUUCUGGUAACCACAGAGGCGGCAGCAGAUACAUCUCUGAGUCUGUUUCUGGAGAAAAGGCUUUGCGGUCGCCUCAUACGUACACACGGGGUGAAGCCACACCGCGUGAGCGUGUCAGGUGACGCAAAGCCUCUGAUGGGAGAGAUGUGCAGAUGUCUGUCUGCUCAUGGCUAACGGUCAUGGCGUCAUGCUUUGUCAGCUGAUCAUAUUUGACCUAGAUGUAAUAUUAUAUAUUACAUAGAUGCUGUUCCUCCAUCUCCCCAUGAAGUCCUGGUUUAUUGGAUAGAGCAGAUAGGCCCAGAGUGGCUGACCACUGUCUCCAUGUCAGGCUGAUAGAGUUUAUUUUAAGUCUAGAUGCUUCUACUCCUUACUUACCACAAGCAGGACCUGUUGUUGAACCCUAUAGCCGUAUCCAUGUAGUGUCAAACGUGUGUAGAGAAUGUAUGAGAUAUAUGUGGAUCCUUCUAGCAUUUGUAACUACAAUACAGGCAUUGAACCAUAUCA